AUGGCGAGUAUUGUGUUUCCCUGCUACUGCACCACUACUUGGCCGCCACAGCUGAUCAGAGCUCAAGAGAGACAUGAACGACGACGACGUCGUCAAAAGCCAUUCGUAUCAUCAUCAGCGUCACGAUCACGCCGCUGGGUGGUCAACAAUCAGAAAGCUUGCACCUUCACUUACAAUGUUUCUGAUAACGUCCCUCUCCAUCACUUUCCUGGUGCUCCUGCGAGUUGGUUUGAAGAGUAUAUGGAGGACACGGGUAGAAUAGUGGGAGCUAUCAUUCCAGAAAGAUCAAGUGCUGUGCGGUUGAAUCAGGAAGAGUGGAGAGUAAAAAUGCCAGUGAUGGAAGCCAUAUUUACAAGGAUACAACCAGUGAUAGACUUCAGGGUGACAGCCAAAUCAAAUGGACAAGAUUACCCUCCUCAUGUUCCUCCUUCGACUCCCAAGCUCAUCGAAGUUCACACUGUAAGCACUUAA